UAUUUACUUAUUAGUUUCAAAAAUCUUCCAAAGUGAUCAAGUGAUACAUUAUUCUGCAUUAAACAUAUGCACUUAAGAAUGUUUUGCGAAGAUAAAAAAAUACUUAAUAUGAAACGUUAGUCAUGUCUUAUAUGACAAUCAAUUAUACAGUGCAAUCAAACAACACUAACAUGUUUUCGUUACAUAAGUUAUUUUUUCAUUCAUAAUAAGUUAAUUAACCAUAAUCACGUUUGUUUAAUUAUCUUAAUUCGCUUUAUAUACUUGAAUAUCGAACAGAAGCAUUUUUCAACCAAAUUCACUAUAUCCAAGUUUCCAACAGGUUUUAUUGAAGAAGUUUGUGCUCAAAUAUAAAUUUGAGAAAUAUUAGAGCUAGAAGACUACAGAUUCUAGCAGAAAUUUUCAAAAUUCAGUCAAAUACACCUUAAAUGAAAUGCUAUAAUUGUGUCAUAACAAAUGAAACUAGCUAAUAGCUAAUAAAUGCACAUAUUAUUUGCUUUGUAAUUUAUCCUUAUUUACUAAAUUGUUUUCACCAAGGCUAACUACUGAACACAGUAAUAGUAAUAUUAAGUUAAUAUCUGCAGACUAUUUAGUUCAUAUGUCUAUAAAUAAAAGGCAUUUUCCCAUAAAAGCACAUACUUAACAGAACUGACAUCUAAAUUGCUUUAGGUAUCUGAAGAACCAUUCGUGUAUAGAAAAUGUAACAAAAAAAAAACAUAAUUUUCACACAAUAAUUGCAUAAUAGAAUAUAGAUUUUAAAUUGAAGAAGGGAGCUAAUAGAAUCAAGCAACGCUAAAUCGGAAAAAUGAUUGCAACGUCUUUAAACAAUUAUCAAGGCAGGAGAGUAUCAGGAGAUAACUGAAAAAUAUAUUAUAAAUGGAAAAGUGGUUUCAGUGGGGAGUGUAUUGCAUGUAGAGUGUUUGUGAUUGAAAUAUAGUGCGUAACAUACAUUAGAAAAAUUAUCAAUAUUUCAGGUUGAUGGUACCUGCCUGAAACAUUAUGAGAAUUAGCAUUUUUACUUUAGUCAUUCUUCUAUAUACCGAAAAAAGUCAACCAUGCUGGGCCAAUGACGUCGUCAAUAAUCUACUUACUUAUUCCGUGAAUAUUGCUAAUGAAAUAAGCAGACAAUUUAGGCUGCUUAAUGAAGGGCAGGAUUUUAAUCAAUGGUUCGCAUCUAAACCAUGGAAUAUCAAAGAGACUGCAGGUAAGAAAUACGACUUUAUCAUUGUCGGAUCUGGAGCAGCUGGAUCAGUAAUAGCCAACCGACUAUCAGAAGUAGAAAAAUGGAAUAUUUUGAUACUGGAAACGGGAAUUCCCGAGACGGAAAUAAUGAAAAUACCAUCCUUCGCCCCCAUGUCUCAGUUUUCGCCUUACAAUUGGGGAUAUUUCACGGAAUACCAAGAAGGUAAUUUUUUCGGACUAAAUCGGAACCGAAUGAGGUGGCCUAGAGGUAGAGCUUUAGGUGGUUCCAGCACUAUAAAUUAUAUGAUUUAUACCAGAGGAAAUCGAUGGGACUACGAUAAGUGGGCUGAAGCUGGUAACCAGGGAUGGGCGUACAACGAUGUCCUUCCAUAUUUCAUUAAGUCUGAGAAAGCUCGAAAUCUUACUGACUACAAUCCAGAAUUGCAUGGAAACCACGGUCUCCUGUCUGUUGAAAAUGUCUACAAGACAAAACUUUUAGAUGCAUUUAUUGAAGCUGGUGCUGAAUUGGGCCUGGAGUUGAUUGACUACAACGCAAAUUUGAAGUCAUUUGGAGUUAGCAGAUUACAAGCAACAGUCAAAAGAGGGCGAAGGCACAGUGUAGCCUCAGCUUUUCUAUGGCCUGCAAGAAACAGAGCAAAUCUAGACAUAAUCAUCGACGCACAUGUCACCAAAGUACUGAUUAAUCCUACAACGAAAGCAGCUUACGGAGUAACCUAUUCAAAAAAUGGUCAGAAAUACUCAGUGUUUGCAAAAAAGGAAGUAAUCCUAUCGGCUGGCACGUUUAAUUCGCCACAACUGUUGAUGUUGUCAGGAAUUGGCCCGAAAGACCAUCUGGAGAAAUUAGGCAUUAAAGUUUUAGAAGACUUACCAGUAGGAAGAAAUUUACAGGAUCAUAUCGCAUUUCCAGGCCUCACCUUUGAAAUAGAUCAAGCUGUCGAUUUAAACAUACGUGAGACCAUUCAGCAAAUAUCAGAAUUUAUAGAUAACGGAACUGGACUAUUAACAAGUUUAGGAGGUUCCGAAGGGAUUGGAUUUAUAAAAACCGCUGUGGCAGAUUAUCCAGAAGAUUAUCCCGACAUGGAAUUGCUUUUUAUAGGUGGAACUUUGGCAAGUGACUAUGGACUCUCUACAUAUAGAGGCAUGAAUAUCAAAGAUGAAGUAUUCGACAGCGUAUUCAGGCCAUUAUUCGACAAACACGCAUGGACUAUAUUUCCGAUGUUGCUUCAUCCCAAAUCAGUAGGUUACAUGGAAUUGAAAUCCAAGGACCCAUUCGACUACCCCAGGUUUUUCGGAAAUUACUUUACGGAUCCAGAAAAUCAUGACUUAAAUACAUUUGUGGAAGUUAUAAGAAUUAUUCAGCGAUUUUCAAACACCACCGCGUUCCAGAAUUUCGGAUCCAAACUAAAUCAUCGCUCAAUGUUUGGUUGCGAGCAUGAAACAUUUGAUAGUAAUCGUUACUGGAUAUGCUGCCUGAGAUCAAUUAGUAUUACUCUGCACCACCAAGUAGGCACAGCAAAAAUGGGCCCUUCAGAAGACAGCACAACUGUAGUAAACCCAAAUCUACAAGUACAUGGAAUUAAAAAUUUGAGGGUGGCAGAUUGCAGUAUUAUCCCUAGAGCAGUAGGAGCGCACACUAAUGCUCCUUCAAUAAUGGUGGGAGAAAAAGCUAGUGAUAUUAUUAAAGACUACUGGGAAGAACUUCAAAAUUCUGAAUUAUAGUUUGCAAAUGCUGAAGACCGCGUUUUUCAAGACAAACCUGUAUUUGUGUAGAAAAUUAUUUUUUACCAAAGUCUAAUCUUCAGAAAAUCUGAUAUAAUUCAAUAAAAAUAUCUUCAAAAAACAGAUCCGUUUAGAAGUAAAUCAAAUUUAAUAUACUGGCUAACAAGAAAGCUUCUCCCUUUAGCGCAAUUAGGUGAGUUUUGAAUUAGCAAGCAAACUUCGAAGAAGCUUGAUAUUUAACCAACUGUUCACGAGUAGUUAAUCUCACAUUUUGAAGCUGAUUGUAUUUGCAAUAAAAACAUUUAAGAAAA